AUGAAAUAAACAUUGAAUUUUCAAAAUACAAGAUCUUUUGAAGAAAGGAAAAAUGAAUCUGAUAAUUGCAAAUAACUCUAUCCCAAUGAUGUUUUAGUAGUGGUGGAAUAAUCCAGCAAAAGUAAAUUGCCAAAAUAAAAUUUUAUAAAAUUCAAAAUGCCAAACACAAUGACAAUUAUGAACGUUCUGUAAUACAUUAAAAGCAAAAUUAAACUUUCUUAAUACGAUUCAAUUAAUUUGUAUUGUGGCAAGACAUUGUUGAGAAUAGAUUAAACUUUAAAAGAAUUAUAUCAAUCGUUUAGAGAUUAGGAUGGCUUUCUUUAUAUCAAUUACAUAGAAAUGAAUUCAUUUGGUACAUAAUUUUGA